UUGUGUGCUGAAAUGGCAUUACAACAGUCAAUAUAGUGUAACUUCAAAAAAAUUUGCAUUACGAUUACAUGCUUCUUAUUGUACAGUGUACUUUUCGAGGACUGAAUUGUAUAGUAUUGCUAUUACUAUUAGUAAAAUAUACCAUAUCAUAAGGCCUAUUUUUCUGUUGCAAAUGCAAUGAACAUUUAAAAAAAAGUACUGUUUUUGUUGUUAUAUCUCAAACUUGCACAUCUAUAUUAUUUACUAAAUAUAAUACUUUGUAAUAGUAACAGGGACCUAGAAAUAUUUUUGUUUUCAAUUUAUACCUGCACACGACAAGGACGAAGAAUUUUUCAUUUAUUGCUCCAAGUUCAUACAAAAAUGUUAAAAUACCAGAAUCCAAUGCUGCACAUGCAAUCAACUAUACCAAACAACAUUUAUAAUGAAAAAGAACUAUCUUUUACCAAUUUGUACAAGUAUCUGUGUCAACAGUUGAGAUUACUUACCCCUCCCCAGAAAAAACAGAUCAGGACCAAAAUUAUGUGAAUUUCUAGUCAUUGGAGUAUGUAACCUUUAACUGAGUGAAAUUAUUAGUACAUUUUAUGACAAUUCAACAUUCAGUUAAAAAAAAAGUCGUACUACAUGCAGAACAGUUGCACAAAAAAAGUUUACCAAAGUCUUCCCGACCAAAGAUCUAUUCUAAACUAGCUAUAGAAGGAAUUAAAGGAUCACAGUGUGAUGUAACAGAUGAAAAAAUAGUGCAGGAAAGUUUAAAGUUAGUAGAAGAGACCUUGGGACCAUUAAGAGUAGUCGUUAACUGUGCAGGUAUAAAUCUUGAUCGAUUGUUGGUGCAGACUGUACCAGAAGACAUAAACUCAAUUAUUAAUGUUAACCUAAUUGGAUCCAUAAUCACCUCAAAAAUUGCUGCUCGUUUAAUGUUGAAGCACAAGUGUGGGAACAUUGUUAAUAUUGGGAGUAUUGUGGGGAUGAAAGGAAACAGAGGGCAGGCUGUUUAUGCUGCAUCUAAAGCAGGAUUAGUUGGUCUUACAAAGUCUUUAGCACAAGAGAUUGGUUCUCGAGGAGUACGAGUCAACCUUGUUGUACCAGGUAUAAUUCAGACUGGCAUGACAGAGAAUAUGGACAUUGAACAAGUUAAAAAUCAAGUUCCAUUAAGUAGGAUAGGGGCUCCUGAAGAUGUUGCAGAAGGAGUUUUCUUUCUAGCCACAUCACCAUUUAUUACAGGAGAGGUCUUAAUAAUUGAUGGAGGACUGCACCUAAAUAGAUGAACCAAACAUGUUAGUCUUUUUUAGCUAAACCAAAUAAAUAUUUCAUGUACAAAAUGUACGAUAGUGUUAUAAAAAUAUAACUAUUAUUUCAGCAGUAAUAAUUCUUUACACACCACAGCUCUUAUAAAUGAGUUGAUUGUAACUAAUUCUUAUCAUUAUUCAAAAACUAUGAAAUAAACAAUAAAAUUAUUUUUUUCA